AUGUAUAAAUUUUCACGUAAAGUAAAUAAGAAGCGCCUUCAUCGAGAGAUUAAGCGUCGGUCCGUUCGUCAAUGUAUUGCUCGACAUCGUAGCCUUUCGAAUGAAAACUCUGAUGAUAAUUGCAAUGGUGGUAACCAACAACAACAAAAUAUUUAUAUUAACAAAAUUGAUUCAUCAUAUGACGAGAAAAAUAGUGAUAAUUAUACAUUACCUGUGCCAUCAAAUGUUUAUGUUGAGAAUGAUAAUGAACGAAGUGAUGAUGUAGAUGAUGAUCAAUGGAAUGAUGAUGAAAAUGAUCAUGAAUAUGAAGAUGAUUCACGAUUACUGUAUGACGGUUCUAAAAUUACCGUUAGUAAUACUAUUCGUCUCAUUAGCAAGUUUUACUUGAAUAUAAACUUAGAUAAACAAAACAUCAACAGUCUUCUUCGUCUUAUCGAAUCAUUAUUACCAAAACCCAAUCUUUUACCUUGUACUUGGAAAACUAUGAAUAAAAAGCUCCGGAAUUUUUCACCUAGUUUGACAACUUAUCUUUGUACUAAUUGUUAUGAAACAUGUGAUAUUAAUAGUAACAAUGCCAAAUUUUGUGUUAAUUCAAAUUGCAAAACUUCUUUCAAACAACGUCGAAGUAAUGAAUUGAUUGAGAUCGUUCGAUUUGAUAUCCGUAGUCAGAUACAAUCAAUUAUGAGUCGGAAUUUUGAUUUUUUAAACAAACCUUAUCUUUUUCCAACGAGUGAUAUUUUUUUUGCUCAAUGGUAUCGACAACGAUCGAAUGUAAAUAUCAAUAAGAUUACACUAUUGGUUCAUACCGACGGUGCACCACUUGUUCGCUCCUCAAAACAAUCAAUAUGGCCAUGUUUUGCAUCUAUCACCGAGCUUCCCCCACCAAUAAGAGAGUUUCAAUCAAACAUCAUUAUUCUGGCUUUAUGGGCAUCGACGAUUAAACCGAAUGUUAAUUUAUUCUUAGAUCAGACAAUAGAUGAUCUAUUGUUUCUAAUUAAAAAUGGAACAUCGAUACUUAUUAAUGACCAGGAAUAUCACAUUGAAGUCGGUACUCAACUAUUUCUUUCUGAUCUACCAGCCAAAUCACUCUUUUGCUGCACAGCAAGUUUUAAUGGAUAUUCAGCAUGUAGUUUUUGUUACAGUAGAGGUGUAUGGAAUCCAAAAUACAACAAAGUCGUUUAUCCUUAUUCAAAAAACGACUAUACAGCUCGCACUCAUGAAGAUUAUUUAAAAUCUGCUCGAGAAGCUGUUAAAAAAUCAAAAGGGCGUAAACAAGUAGCAACUGAUGGAAUAAAAGGUCUAUCAUGUUUAUUUAAAAUAUCUAACUAUCCAUGCCAGAUCAUAUUUGACUAUAUGCAUUUGGUAUGUUUAUGCCACAUACCAUCUCUGAUACAUAGAUGGUGUCAACGUAUUAGCAAGUCAUCAAUACAGGACGUAGACCAAAGCCUUAAGCAAUUACGCACUCCACACAAUAUAAAAGUGGUAUUUUUAGAAUCAAUUCAAUCAGUCAAUUUAUGGAAAGCAAAAAAUUCACGUUUAUUUGUAUUAUAUGCUGGAGUCCCAAUAAUGACUAAUCGAUUACCAACACUACUUUUUUCUCACUUUAUAAUAUAUUCGUUGGCAAUUAAACUCUUACAUACACCUCAAUCUGAACAAGAUAUAUUACUUGGUAAACGUCUUCUGCACUAUUACUGUCGAACAAUAGCUAAUAUAUACGAUUCAUCUAUGGAGAUUUUCUCGUUACAUGCUCAUAUUCAUCUUGGACAUCAAGUUCGUCUUCAUGGAGGUUUAGCCCAUACAUCAGCAUUUGCAUUUGAAUCAGCAAUACGUUAUAUUAAAAAAACGUGCUCAUGGUAG